CUCUUCAUCUUUUCUCAUCGGUCAGAAGAAAAAAUUAAUAUAAACUCCGGUGUCUAUUAGGCUUGGUUAUCUCCUUUUCUGAAGCUUUUCACCACUCCAAAUACAAUGAAAAUCCUCACUCUCUUUGUGACCUUGUUAUUCUUCUUCUUGUUAUGCACGGAAGCGAGUGCCAAGACCUGCACCCCCGCCUUCUGUCACCGUGACGAGCCCAUGAUCCAUUUCCCCUUCCGGAUUGGAACCCUCCAGCCUGAAUCUUGUGGGUACCCGGGUUUCGAUCUGUCGUGCGACGGGGUGAACCGAACCGUACUAGAGUUGCCCAACUCAGGUCCAUUCACCGUCCAAGGCAUAGACUAUGCCGGGCAAGAGAUGUGGGUGAAUGACCCCGAGGCUUGCCUCCCCAAGAGGCUUCUCUCCCUCAACCUCUCCGGCUCGCCCUUCGCCGGUGUCUAUUCCCAGAACUUCACCUUCUUCAACUGCUCCUCCAGCUACAUCAGGUAUGGCCUGAACCCGAUCGCCUGCCUCAGCGGCUCAAACUACAGAGUCUUUGCGACCUCCUCACCCUACGUCGUGAAUACCCUCCCCUCGUCAUGCGCCCUUGUGAAGACCGUCCCAGUCCCGGUCGAAUUCCCGUUCUUCGAGCAGGUCAUCUCGUCAAACCUCAGCAGCGAUCUCCCGCUCCAGUGGGGGGUGCCGCAGUGCGGAAGGUGUGUGGUUCGGGGCGGGAGGUGCGGGCUCAAGGGCAACUCCACCACUGAGAUUCAGUGCGCCAAUGUGCCCCAGCGUGUUUCAGGGAUUCCAAGGGGCGCCCGCUACGUGAUCAUUGUCGGGGUUGGUGUCCCGGUGAUUCUGGUCCUCCUGGGCUUGCUUUGCCACCUCUGUGGCAGAGUGAAGUCCUAUGCGAGAGGGCGGCGCCCUGUUGUCGGGGAAUUUGCCACGGCGGUUGCGCCGCGUUCUGCCGUUGUUUCGGGACUUGACAGGGUGGUCAUUGAAUCUUACCCAAAAAUUGUCCUAGGAGAGAGCAAGCGGCUUCCGAAGCCCGACGACAGCACUUGCCCGAUUUGCCUAUCAGACUAUCAGCCCAAAGAGACCCUCAAGACCAUACCGCAAUGCAACCAUUGCUUCCAUGCAGAUUGCAUUGGCGAGUGGCUUUGCAUGAAUGCUACUUGCCCAGUUUGCCGGAACUCGCCGCCCCGAUCAUGAUGGCGUGUUUCGUGUUGUGUCCUGUUUCUCUGGCGCUCGAAUUUUUGUGUAUAAAUCUUGAAGCCACUUGACAGUUGAAAAGAGUUUCUCUUAUUAGCUGAAAGAGCUCAAGGGUGGUAGAAAAACCGGACAAACUAGUUCUACUCGGCUUGAACUGAAAGGAAAUGAUGAAGAGUUCGAUCAGCAUGGUAUGAAUGUGUUGGUAGUGUUUGACUCAAAAGGACACAAGUAGACCCUUUGAAACCAUGAAGUUGUUCGGUUCCAGUACAUAUCAGUAACCAAUUUCAUAAGCUGAGUUGCCACUCUUUGGCAAGAAUUCCCUCUGUUAAUGAAGCCACCGUACCACCCUAAUUCACCGAUACAUUCUCUUUCAAGAAGCUUCGAACUUGCGUCAUUCCCGCUUGUGAUUGAAAUGACCUUGAAAACAUUACCCUUUUACUCUCUUAGCGCUUCUGCAGAUACGUUGUCUUCAAUUAAUUAUGUAUUUUAGAACUUAAUCAUCCUCAUGGG